AAAUGGAUACUCUAAUGACUCUCAUUCUUCUUGUCCCUCUUCUUAUUUUUCUCUUCCGUCACCUCCUUUCACGGCGGGGGAGGCUUCGGAAACCCUACCCUCCCGGCCCCAAAGGCUUACCCGUCAUUGGAAAUAUUCUCAUGAUGAACCACUUCAACCACGGCGGCCUGGCCAAGCUCAGCCGUAUCUACGGUGGGUUGCUCCACCUCCGCCUCGGGUUUUCCCACAUUUUCGUCGUUUCUUCUCCUGACAUCGCUCGUCAAGUUCUCCAAGUCCAAGACCACGUUUUCUCAAACCGUCCCACCACAAUCGCAAUCCGAUACUUGACCUACGGGGGAUCCGAUCUUGCAUUCUGCAACUACGGCCCGUUUUGGCGUAGGAUGAGAAAACUCUACGUCAUGAUGCUCUUUAGCCGUAAACGGGCCGAGUCUUGGGUCUCUGUUGAUGAAGAGGUCCACAAAUCGGUCCGUUUCGUGGCUUCCAAGGUCGGAAAACCGUUAAACAUAUGUAAACUAGCAUUUUCCCUAUCACGAGGCAUAACGUUCCGAGCAGCUUUCGGUUCCUCCUCAUCCACUUCUGAUGAAAGCAGAUUAGAUGAGUUCCUUGAGAUCAUUCAAGAGUUCUCUAAGCUCUUUGGUGAGUUUAACGUAGCGGAUUAUGUCCCGUCGUGGCUCAGUUGGAUUGACCCGCAAGGGAUAAACGGGCGAGUUGAGAAAGCCCGAAUAUCUCUGGACGGUUUCAUUGAGUCCGUCAUCGACGAUCACUACUUGCACAAGAAGAAGAGAGAACAUAAUAACCUUGUCGAAGAGACCGAUAUGGUUGAUCAAUUACUUGCGUUCUACGAAGAAGAAAAACUCAAAGUCAACACCUCAGACACCAAAAUUAAUCUCGAUAACAUAAAAGGCAUCAUCAUGGAUGUGAUGUUCGGAGGAACCGAGACGGUGGCAUUAGCAAUCGAGUGGGUCCUUACGGAGCUACUCCGGAGCCCCGAGAACAUGAAACGGGUCCAGGACGAGAUAGCGAGUGUAGUCGGGCUUGACCGAUGGCGCGUGGAGGACACGCAUCUCGAGAAGCUCACUUUCCUGAAGUGUAUCCUUAAGGAGACCCUCCGGCUUCACCCGCCGUUCCCUCUCCUGCUACACGAGACGGUGGAGGACACCGAGGUUUCCGGUUACUUCAUCCCCAAGGGAUCACGUGUGAUGGUCAAUACCUACGCUCUCGGGCGUAACCCGGAUUCUUGGUCCGACCCGGAAAUUUUCAAGCCGGGUAGGUUUUUGGACCCGAGUGCUCCAGACCUGAAGGGUAAUAAUUUCGAAUUUGUUCCUUUCGGGUCGGGUCGGAGAUCGUGCCCGGGUAUGCAACUCGGGUUGUACGCGUUUGAGCUUGCGGUUGCUCAUCUUCUACACUGCUUCACGUGGAGUUUACCGGACGGUAUGAAACCCAGUGACGUGGACACCGUUGAAGGGCCGGGUCUCACCGUUCCUAAGGCAACUCCUUUGGUGGCGGUGCCCACCACGCGCCUCCUCUGCCCCAUCGUCUCUUGAAUCCUGAAAAGCCUCCACCUUUGAAAACAAGAGUUUUCGGAAUCGGAGUAAUUGUAAUAAGUUUUAUAGAAGAAC